AUGACUCUACAAACCUGUAAUUUGGUCCCGCAACGCAUCCUGCAGCACACCUUCUUCCUUCACCUACUUCUGUCAGUGCUGCUGUUGCUGCUCCAGGCCUGGUGGGGGAGCUGUCACCCUCAGUGCUUGGACUACAAGCCUCCGUUUGAGCCUCGGCAGCCAUUGGUCUUUUGCAAGGAGUACUCCAAGUUUGGAUGCUGUGAUCUGGAGAAAGAUGAGGAAGUAUCAGUCAAGUUUUACACCAUCAUGGAGAACUUUGACCAUUCAGGGUUUGCCACCUGUGGCAAGUACAUCCGCACCAUCCUCUGCCAGGAGUGCUCUCCAUAUGCUGCCCACCUGUAUGAUGCUGAAGAUGCCAACACACCUAUGCGGAUACUGCCUGGUCUGUGCCGUGAUUACUGCUCUAACUACUGGCAUCAGUGUCGGUACACACUCAGUCUCCUCUUGGAGAACACGGGGAGCCCGCAGCAGUUCGCAAACCUGACGGCAACAAUAGAAGAUGAUCGCAGAAGGUUCUGUGACUAUCUGGAGCUGAAGGACAAACAGUACUGCUAUCCUAAUGUACUGACUAAUGCGGAACUAAAUGCUAACCUCGGCUUGGUGCGUGAAGAUCCGAAAGGUUGUCUGGAGUUGUGUUUACAGGAGGUUGCCAACGGGCUCCGUAACCCUGUGGCCAUGAUCCACGCAGAUGAUGGAACUCAUCGCUUCUUUGUGGCAGAGCAGCUGGGUUAUGUGUGGGUAUAUUUGGCCAACGGCUCCAGGAUUGACCGACCUUUCCUCAACCUCACCCGGGCUGUCCUCACGUCACCGUGGGCUGGAGACGAGAGGGGAUUCCUCUGCAUAGCCCUGCACCCAAGGUUCACAACAGUCAGAAAAGCAUAUGUGUACUACUCUGUGUCGGUCAAGAAGGAGGAGAGGAUACGUAUCAGCGAGUUCACACUGUCAACACAUGAUGACAACCAACUAGACCACUCCUCUGAGAGAACCAUCCUUGAGGUGGUAGAGCCGGCUUCCAACCAUAAUGGAGGACAGCUUCUGUUUGGCCAUGACGGCUAUCUGUACAUCUUCAUCGGUGACGGUGGGCGAGCUGGGGACCCCUUUGGAAAGUUUGGCAACUCACAGAACAAGUCAACGCUUCUCGGCAAGGCGCUGCGCGUUGAUGUCGACAACAAUGACGACGGAGCCCCGUACAGCAUUCCAUCAGACAACCCGUUCCUGGGGGAAAAGGAAGCACGACCUGAGAUUUAUGCCUAUGGAGUGCGCAACAUGUGGCGCUGCUCCAUUGACCGCGGUGACCGUGCUACAGGCCGUGGCAGAGGCCGGAUGCUUUGUGGUGACGUGGGCCAGAACAAAUAUGAAGAGGUGGACCUCAUUGUUAAAGGAGGCAACUAUGGAUGGAGGGCCAAAGAAGGAUUCAGCUGCUACGAUCGCAAACUCUGCCAAAACUCAUCUCUAGAUGACAUCUUGCCUAUCUUUGCCUACCCUCACAAGUUGGGCAAAUCAGUGACAGGAGGAUACAUCUACAGAGGCUGUCAGAUGCCCAACCUCAACGGAAUCUACAUCUUUGGGGAUUUCAUGAGUGGGCGUCUGAUGUCUUUAAAGGAGAAUGUCAGCACAGGUGAAUGGCAGUACAAUGAGAUCUGUAUGGGAACAGACCAGACCUGCAGAUUCCCCAAACUCAUCAACAGUUAUUAUAAAUACAUCAUCUCGUUUGCCGAGGAUGAGGCAGGUGAACUGUAUUUCUUAGCCACAGGAGCCCCGAGUGCCACAGCCAGAGCAGGAGUCAUCUAUAAGAUAGUGGACCCUUCCAGACGAGCUCCACCAGGAAAAUGCAGCAUCAAGCCUUCACAUGUUCAGAUAAAGGGAAAACUGAUUCACUUUUACCCCAGAGAAGAGUUUGUAAUCAACAAGAAACCGACCACGACUCCUGUUCCCACGACAACCACAAGAAAAACAACAACAACAACUAAAAAAUCACCAAGAAAGCCUAUAAUAAUAAUAAAACCACCAAUGCCAACAAGAAAGACACGUCCUGGGGCGUUGACCACACCACGUCCGCCAUACUGGAGCCAGAAACCCACUCUGGAAACUGCUGGGGAGGGAAAUCAAAUAUAUAAGAGGACCAGAGGAAGAGGUAGAGGUCGUGGCUUCAAAAGAGGAAGAGGAGGGAGAAGGCUGAGGGUUGGCUCGGUGCGACUGGUGAGCACUGAUGGUUUAUCAGAUCGAGGCAGAGUGGAGAUCUUUAUCCGAGGAGAGUGGGGGACAGUGUGUGAUGACCUUUUCACCAGCAAGGCGGGCACUGUGGUGUGUCGUCAGCUCGGCUUCACGACGGCUCUGGCGGUGAUGAAGCGGGCUGCGCUGGGGGAGGCAGACAGCAGAGUCAGGAUCUUUCUGGAUGACGUUGAGUGUGAGGGCGGUGAGAGGUCGCUGCUGGAGUGCAAGAGAUCCAGGGUUGGGAAACACAACUGCUCUCAUGGGGAAGAUGUCGGGGUGAUUUGCGGUUAG